AUGGAGACGCCGACUCCAAUGCCUGCUUUUGCGCCAGGGGAGAGGCCUGUGCUGUUAUUGGACUUGUCUGGGCUCGACGACGACGACAACGAUGACGACAACGAUAAUGAUGAUGAUGUUGCUGUUGCUGUCGGUAUUACGGGCAUGGAUAUAGUUGAUGGCCCUGCGCCUGUCGAGCUCACUAUUAUUGUUGCCGCUGACGUUGUGAACAGCGACAUGUCUUUCUGCUCGUAUGCAACAGUGAUUGCCUGCACCCAUGGUCAAAUGCCCGCUGAUGGUGGUGGAUCCAAGUUCUGUGUUUCCGGAUCUGGCGAGGACGGCCGUGCAGGGCUGGAGGCAGGAUACGAACUGACGCAGCCGGCGGUUUCCGGCUUUUCUGCUUUGGAUGUGCAGCAGGGACAGACACAGAAGCAGAAGCAGAAGCAGAAACGCAAGUAUGCGAUCCUCGUGAAGCGCGAAGCGAGCAAUUACAACCUUUGGCAUUCGCUGCUGGAGAUAUUCUCCGUGCAGAUGUCGAUGGACGUGUUGCGGAUGUUCACAGGAGAAGAACAAGAAAAAGAAGAUAUCAACGCCAAAGUCAUCAUCCUGGACGAGCUGCACGAUGGUCCCGUCUUUGAUCUGUGGUCUCUGCAUCCCUCCUCCACAAAACCUAUCCGACUGAACGAGAUGACCAAGCCCACGGAGACGAUGAACAUCGUCCUGCCCCUGCCCGGCGGAAGUAAUCCGUUCUGGCAGGGCGACUGGGAGGAUUUACCCUGUCAGCGCUCGGAGCUGCUGCGGGUGUUUGUGGAGCGGGUUCUUGUCUUCUACCGGCUGGAUAUUAUUGAAAAUGAAAGUGAAAGUGCAGACAGCGGAAGCAAAAGAAAGACAGUAGUAACCUUCAUCGACCGCCGGGAGAAACGGAGACUCAUAAACCAAGAGCAGCACCUCGCGUCGCUCAGGGAUGCGCUGUUCAACACCACCACCACCACUACUACUACUGCGGGGAUAAAAGUGGUCGACUUUGCUGCUUUAUCCUUUGAAGAGCAGCUGCGUGUUGUUCGCGAAACGGACGUGCUGGUUGGCGUGCACGGCGCCGGUCUCACUCAUGGCAUGUUUCUACGGCCGGGGUCGGCGAUGGUCGAGAUCUUGCCUGGUGGACUGGAGCACCGGGGAUUCCGCAACCUGGCGCGGCAGAUGGGACAUAGGUACUUUUGUGUUUCAGGGGAGGCGCAGGGGGAUUGGCAGCAGAGCGAUGUUGGAGUUGGAGAAGAGUUUGUGGGGGUUGUUCUGGAUGCUAUUCACACUAUUAAUGGAAUGAAUGGAUGA